GUAGAUGACGUAAAUAACCAGGUCAGCGGGCUUUUUCCUUCCUUCUCUUCGGAUAGCAGCUGGGAUUGCAGGAGAUGAAAAGGGCGGCCUGGACCUCCUGUUCUUCUGCCUCGCUCAUCUCCAUAUUUCUUUUCGUUAACUUUUUUUGCUUGAUAGAACCAAGCUUUGUCUCCGGCGUGCCGCAGUCCAAUGAGGGACUCUGCUCUCUCAUAGUUCGACCCAUGGGUUAUCCUUGCACUGAAUAUAUCGUUCAGACUGAGGAUGGCUAUCUACUAACUCUGCAACGUAUUUCAAAUGGGCGAAGUGCAUUAAGAGGAUACAAUGGUCCUCCUGUCUUCCUUCAACAUGGCCUCUUCCAGGGGGGUGAUACUUGGUUUCUAAAUUCUGUCGAUGAGUCUCUUGGAUUCAUACUUGCAGAUCAUGGUUUUGAUGUGUGGGUUGGAAAUGUGCGUGGCACACGCUGGAGCAGUAAGCACAUCACUUUAUCUGAGCAUGAGCGUGCAUUUUGGGAUUGGAGUUGGCAGGAUUUAGCUCAGUAUGAUUUGGCGGCUAUGUUGAGCUAUGUACAAACUGAAACAAAUUCUAAAGUUUUGUAUAUAGGCCAUUCACAGGGGACUAUCAUGGCAUUAGCUGCAUUUACAAUGCCAGAUAUGGUCAAAAUGGUUGAAGCAUCUGCACUUCUGUGUCCAAUAUCUUAUCUAGAUCAUAUCAGUUCCAAUUUUGUUCUUAGAGCUGUUAGCAUGCAUCUUGAUCAGAUGCUUCUCUCUCUAGGCAUUCAUCAGCUAAAUUUCCGAAGUAAAAUAGGCGUUGAAAUAAUGGAUUCAUUAUGUGAUGGACAUGUGGAUUGCGGCAAUCUACUCGGUGCAAUAACAGGCGAUAAUUGUUGUUUCAAUGCAUCUCGUGUGGAGUAUUAUCUAGAAUACGAGCCCCAUUCAUCAUCAACAAAAAACUUACACCAUCUAUUCCAAAUGAUUAGGAAAGGCACAUUUGCGAAGUAUGACUUUGGCUGGUGGGAAAAUCUGAAACACUAUCACAGUCUUCAUCCCCCUGCAUUCAACCUAGGAGAUAUACCUGAAUCUCUCCCACUAUGGAUUGGCUAUGGAGGUAAUGAUGCAUUAGCAGACCUUACUGAUCUAAAACGCACUAUAAAGGAACUGAAAUCCAAGCCUGAACAACUGUACAUCGAGUCCUACGGCCAUAUCGAUUUUGUCUUCAGCGUGAAAGCUAAAGAUGAUGUUUAUGCUGAUCUGAUAAGGUUCCUUCGCUCCAGAGGAAGGUCUACCAGCUAUUAGACUGAAAUUAUAUGCGUUCUAAGAUAUCUGUGUAAUGUUUUCUAAAGUAGAAGUUACAGUCAUAUGAAUGAGCUGUAAUGUUAGAGAAGUAUGUGGAAAAUUUAUAUGUAUAUUAAUUUAACUUUAAAUUUAUGAUGUAUAGCAGCUUUUGACUAUUGAAGUUACGAAAUAAGAAUGGUUUAAUAUAAAAAUGUAUUUAGUUCUUAUA